GGAGAAGCCCGCGUUCGUGUUUCCGCCUUUUCCAGAAGGCGAAGUGGAGAAGAGGCCUUUAUUUGCUGCGCUAGGGUUUAACGAAGGGAUUCAACCAGGAAAGCAGGCCGCCUUGCCGGCAAAGCAAUGGCGAGCGCCGUUGCUUCCCCGAAGCUCGUGGACGAGUCUCUUUGGUGGGACUCCUUCGUUGGACUCUUCGGCGAGCUCGACAAGAUCCCUCCUUCCAAUGACCCUCCCGAUCACCUGGUGGAGAAUCUCAAGCGACACCGCGCCUGGUUUUUGAAUUCCAUUGCAUAUUUCAAACCCCCAGAUCAAACAUCCAGACUCGCUCUAGACUCCCCGGAACUAGCCGUGGGUUCACAUCGGCUCCUUGUGAAGCCUGAACUGAAAAAAGACGCUCUUCGAGUUAGUGAAUACAUGUGUUUAAAUGAAGUGCAGUCAUACAUACUUGUUCACCGACACCCCAGGAUUAGUGAUUCAACUGUUGAUGGUGAUGAUAAAGAAUUUUUACAUUCUAUUUUGUUUCAAUAUUUUCUUGAGCGACAGUGUUUGUUACAAUGCGUCAGAAGAAUCUUUUUCAAUGCCUUAUACACAAGCAAUGGAUUCCUUUUGCCUCAAGCUUUCAAGGAAAUAUGUUUACGAUUAGUUCAGGAUGGUUUUGAUCAAAAGCUAGUAUCCAUCUUCAAAGAUCUCUUUUUGUCUGUACUUUGUGACUCAACUGAAAUUGACUACAAGAUUCUCUGGGUAGAUGAGAGUUUGAUUGAAGGAAAUUUACUAAUGGACAUUUUGUUUCUUGCAUACUAUGAUAACUCUUCCAGUUGUAACAUUGAACAAUGGAAAACUAUCUGUUCACUUUUCAAGGAUGUGUUAUGUGGCCCACUAAAUAUUGGGAAAAUUGCAGUCUCAGUUGAAGCUAAGGAAUCAUUUGAUGUUUUGAAAGCUAAAAUACUGCUGAUUGUUAUAGAAACCUUGAACCUAGAAAGUGUACUUUGUAUGGUUCAUGAUGAAAUUUCAUUGAGAGAGGGUGGUUCUAUAUUUUCAGUAACUGAGAUUAAAGAGCUGGAUGCCCAAGUGUCAAGCUUUGCUGAUUCAUAUGCAGUAGAAGCAGGGCCUCUGCUUCUUGCAUGGGCAGUUUUUCAAUGUCUAGUAUUAUCUCUCCCUGAGAGAAAUAACAGUACUACUCUUAUGGAGAUUGAUCAUAUCAGUUUUGUUCGCCAAGCAUUUGAGGUUGGCACAUUUGACUAUUUACUAGGGAUUCUUCACAUAUUCAAGGAUUCUGAUGGUCCUACUUCUGGUUUCUUAUGUGUUGUGAGAACCUUGAUGUCUGCUUUUGUUGCCUCUUAUGAGCUAUCCCUUGAGAAAGAAGAUGAAACUCUGAUAAAAAUUUUGGAUAUCUUGUCCCUUAUUUACCAUGGUCAGGAAUCACUUGCCAUGCAAUUUUGGGACAAGGAUAGUUUUAUUGAUGGCCCAAUUAGAUCUAUUCUUUAUAUGUUGGAGAAAGAGUACCCUAUUCGUAUCUCUGAAUUUGUUCUCCUUUUAUCAGCCCUCUGCGAAGGAUCAUGGCCUGCUGAGUGUGUGUUCAAUUAUCUAGAUAAGAUGAGUGGCAUAACUACACUAAUUGAGUUCCCUAGUGGCUAUGUUGGAAAGAACAUUUUUGAUAUUGUUGAAACUCAUCAUCCCAUUGUAAUUCCUGGUGUUGAAGGCCUUAUGAUACCUAGUGGAACCUGUGGUCAUAUAUUGAAAGUUGUCACUCCAAAUAUAGGACUCAUACGUUGGGAGUGUGCACAUUCAGGAAUUUUGCUGCUUCUCUUACGUAUGCUGCAGGACAUUCAUUCAGUUAAUACAGAUGACAUAUUGCACACUCUUACACUUCUUUAUAAAAUGGUUUCAUUUAAUAAGGGAGUGGCUUUUGCUUUGAUGUCCACGGAUAAGUUUCUACCUGCCCGACCCUCAAGAAUAAAUAUGCAACUGGACAUUGACAUGAGGGUUGAUGUGGUUAAAAUUAUAUGCACUUUGAUCUUGAAGUCCAUCCAAGAUAUCAGAAAUGCACAGAUGCUAUCAAUCUCAUUAGAUAUUCUGUCCGAGAUGCUUAAGUGUGCCCCAUCUCAUGUCAUUGAGGCAGUGGUGAGAUUAAACAUCUUCCAUAUACAUACGAGUGACACUUCAAGUGGUGCAUGGAUGCUUUCAGGAGGUCUUGCUAGAAUGUUGAUGGAAGAGUCUGAGGAAAAUGAUUAUACUGAUGCAUUAGCUGUUUCAGUUCUUGAUUUCACAGUUCAACUUGUGGAGAAAGGUGUCGAGGAUAAUUUGGUUUCAUCUCUUGUUGUAUUUUCGCUUCAAUACAUAUUUGUCGAUCAUAUGCAGUGGAAAUACAAGUCAAAGUAUUCUCAUUGGAAAGUGACAUUGAAGGUUUUUGAAUUAAUGAAAAGCUGCAUUAAAGCAUCCGAAGUCUCACAAAAGCUUCACUGUAUCUUCUGGGAUAUUUUAAUUUGUGACUCCUCUAUCCACAAUAUCCUUUAUCGAAUUUUGGGUAUAUCAAUUGAGUACUUGAGGUUGUAUAUCAGUUACCAUUAUGAACCAAAGGAGAUUGAAUGUGUUCAGCAUUCUCUCUGUUCUGCAUUGGAGGUGUUAUGUUCUAUUAUGGCGAAUAUAUCACAGGAACUUCCUUCAAAAGCUUCAGCUUUUGUCCAGACAAUGUUGUCACCUAUGAUAAAACCAAUGCCUGUUGUUCAAGCAGCAAUUUCAUCGAUCUCCUUUGUUGAAAAUUCUGCAAUACAAGCAGCUGCUGCUAGAGUUCUUUCCUUCUUGUGUUAUCUAGCAUUUAGAUCUGAGUCAUACACAGUGGAGAAUGCCAGCCUUGUCUCAGAAGCGGUUCAGAUAAAAAAGCUGCACUUGACUGUUUCUUCUAUUCUGGAAAAUGAAGUGAAAAUGAAGGAAGAUUUGGUUAUAUCUAUAAUUGAUCUUCUUAAUGCCAUGGCAUAUUAUCAGCCUGCUCUCCUUGUUUCCCUUAUGUUGUCCAAGGAUAAAAUGGAUGUAUCAUCGGAUGCUGUCUAUUAUUCAGCAAACCAGAUCGCUGUUAUUCCUGCUUUAGAAAAGUCAAAUGGGGAGAAUCCUAGUCCAAUUGCAUCAAUAACAAAAUACAUAGAAGAUUCAGAUACUCUAUUUGAUAGAGCCCCUCAUCUACUAUUGAGUAUCCUUAACUUCUUGAAGGCUCUAUGGAAAGGGGGUACCCAAUUUGCAAGUAUAUUGGAUAAGAUUAGGCACUCUAAGAAGUUCUGGAAACAAUUAGAAUCAUUUAUCUCAGUAGCACAUGGUGACAAUGGUCAGCCAUUUAAAGAUAAUAACUCAGAGGCUGAGCUUUCGCCAUUGAGUAGGUACCAAUGCCAAGGCAAUGUUUUAGAGAUCAUGGCACAUGAAUUGUUCUUUCAGGAAAAGUUAUCACAAUGUGAAGUACCUUUUAAGCAGACUUCUUCAGUGGUGAAUGGGGCGCCAAGACAUAGCAAUGUAGUGUUUGUUCAAGAGAUUCUUACUUCUUGGUUUGAUAGUCCUUUACUCGAGAGUUUAAUCAAGUUUUACUCUUCCACGGGGUAUGCUAAACUGGAUAUUUCUCGUGCAAAAGUGGCAGUUUGUGUUUGUAUAGUGCAAUUAAUAAUUAGAGUGUCUUCCGGUGACUUUGGCAGCUUGUCUAUUUCAUUGGUUAACAAGAUACAUGAUAUCUACAACAAGUUAAAAGCGCAUCCUGCCUUCUCUGCUUUGCUGACUCAAUAUGCGUUUCGUGGCCACAGCGAGGACCCAACUAAUCUUGUUGUCAGUGAUCUUUAUUAUCAUCUACUAGGAAAGUUGGAGGGCCGAGAGAUUACAUCUGGUCCAUUUCAGGAGCUUUUGAAUUUCCUACUUAGUUUGGGAGUAUUUGAAUGCAACGAUGGUACAUACAAGAAGAAUUUUGAUCUUCCUACUAAAGUUGUCAGUAUGUUUGAUAUACAAAAGGUUGAAGAGGAGAUUGGAUCAGAUUUAUGGGAAUAUUCUGAAUGGAAAUCCUGUAAAGAAGUAUCCCAGCGAAUGUUUGUUUAUAUGCAUUCAGCUAAUUUGUCUUCGAACAUUACAGACUCCAAUCAUUUCUGUUUGAAAGCUCUUUUAUCUGUGCUGUUUGUGUACAAAGGAAAUGUGAAAAGUACAAAACCACUGUUUAAUCAUAGAGAUAUCUCAAAGAAAGCUGUUGAAUCAAGCAUUCAAUAUCUUUGCAAUUGUUUACAUGAAGCAACAGAUUUGCUAGCCCUAGAGCCAAAUCUGCCUCUUAGAUUUCUAAGAAUGUUCACUACACAACAAGAAUUGUUGCUCUUUCUCUCAGUAAUCUUAUUCAAGCAUGGUCCACAGAAAAUUAAUAAUAUACACUUCCUGCCCUCUUGUAUACUUGUAAUUAAGUCAUCUAGCUCAAUCAUCAAAGUUUUGGCUAAUACCAGGCCUCUAUCUCCUGUUCUGAGAAGAGCAGUGAAGCUUCUGAUGACAUUGCUCCUGAAAUCUCUCGAGUUCAGUAAUCACAUUGAACUUUCAGAAGAUAAUUCAGAUGUUGAGGUCAAACUGCUAGGUGAUGCAUCUCUCAUACAGAUUGAACUUUUGCCUUUUCUUUGCAAGUAUGCAGAAGACGCAGAAUAUUCUAACCUGUCUGUGGCUUCAAUUGAUAUAAUUAUAAGGACAUUGACACCCAAGACGUGGUUUCCAAUUAUUAAGAAUCAUCUACCACUGCAGCACAUUUUCUAUAACAUUCGAGAGAUAAAUGCUCUGGCUAAUGUUCCUGUGUUUCUGAGUUUCUUAUUGACUUUAGGACAAACAAAAGGUGGAGCAGAGAUGCUUUCUGCGAGCAAAUUUUUUUCCCCAAUUAUGGUGCUGUUAAGUCGGUUACAUGAGGAUAGCUCCUUAUCCAAUAAUCUGGAUAAAAAUGUUGUUUCCACCAUUGAUGAUCAUAAGUAUCUGCAGAGUUGGGUUCUCAGUUUGUCAAUUUUCAUUACAGUGAUAGAAUCAUUAGGUGAUAAUAAUCAUUAUGUAGAAGAUGUUUUGGUCACUGCUCAACGCUUCUUCUUUUCUGAGAAACCCUAUAUGCUCUCAUUUUAUUUUUCUGCAAUGUAUCAUCUUGCUGAUGAGCAUGUCAAGAAAACACAGCUUCAUACUCUCACUGCGCUAAAACUAACCCAGCAUGCUCUCUUGCUUUUAUGCUUGCUUGCAAGAUAUCAUGCCUCGUGGAUCAGUGACAUGAAAUUGAUGGACUCAGAAUUAAGAACAACUAUCAUUCAUCUUUUGGCAUUUAUAAGCAAGGGAGAUCAGCACAUUAAGGAUUCACCAAACAGGUUUUUAACUGUUCUUUGGCAGCCAUCGACAGAGGAGGAGAUUGAGCUUCAUAGAAUGCCUUCAAUCAUUAAGAGCAAACAUGGAUGGUUUAUGCUCUCUGCUUCCAGUUUUCAUGCCAAAUCUACAAGUUUUGAUAACACAAUUUCGUCACUGGUGGUCAGAGAUAAAGAAACUAACAGUGUUGGUUGUAAUAGCCAGUCUAGUUUUUCUGAUACAAUUGCUAUACAUAUAUAUGAGAUAGCUUUGCUUCUUUUGAAAUUCCUGUGCCUUCAAGCUAAAGCAGCUGCAAAGAGGGCAGAUGAAGUGGACUUUGUAGAUCUUGCAUGCUUUCCUGAACUUCCUUCACCUGAGAUUUUGCAUGGCAUACAGGAUCAAGCGAUUGCUAUAGUCUCUGAGGUUUGUGGAGCCAACAAGCAAAUCCCCAUGGAGCCAGAGAAAGAGAGUUUGUGCCUUAUGCUUUUGCAGAUGUUGGAAAAAUCUUUGUAUUUGGAAUUUUCACUCUCCCAAUUUUGUGGAAUAAAACCAGUUCUAGGGCGUGUUGAAGAUUUCUCCAAAGAAAUUGAAGGACUAAUGCAAGCUGUUGAGCAUCAUACGCAAUUCAAAAAUGCAACAUGGUCUGUAAAGCAGAUAAUAGCAAUUUUAUAUCCUAGAAUGUUGCAAACUAGCAAUUAAUUAUGGUUUAUGCAUGUAAACUGUCACUUUUUCCUUCCGAAUUAUGAUCCAAUAUUUUAGUGUUAUUAUGUCU